AUGGCCAACGUCGACGCCCUUCCCUUCCCUGCCUUCGCGCGCUCCAUCCCUGCUGCAGAUCGUACUUCACUGUCGGGGCUCUCGGACGCUGCUAUUCGCGAAUGGGUCGUAGCUAAGGCGGAGGAGUACCGCAAGAUCGCACUCUCUCUGCUAUCUCUCCACAACUCAAUCGCACCGAUUCAUCGCGCUUUGCCUACGGAACUCCUCUCCGAGGUUCUUUCACACUGCUGGGACGACAUGCGCAGUGUGCGCCUCAUGCACGUCUGCCGUCUCUGGCGUGCGACAGCGCUCAAGACCCCGCGACUGUGGGCAGAAGCCGUCGCAGCUCCGGGCGCCCAGCUCACAUUCAACAAGGCCAGGAUGGAAGCGCAGUGUCAACACCUGGAGGACAACCGCCUCUCGUUCGUGGCUACCGCGGUAGAAUGGUCGUCUCCGGCAUCGCUGCGCCUCAAGAUUCAUUUUCUCCCUAAUGCUCUAUCCCAGACGCUCUCGCCGCACACCUCCCGACUCGUCGAUUUGUUCGUCCGCCUCCAAAGCGCCGCGCAGCUCAAGUCACUAUGCGUACUUCUUGCCAACGGCGUCCCCAACCUCGACAUUCUCGGUAUCGCGUUCCCAGGAUAUACAGGGAUGUACCGAGAGUGGCUGGGGCCAGGAGUAAGACACCACCACGACGACACCGACGAGCAAGGCGACCCACGGAACCUCUCCAAGGAACUUAUCAGUUGGAGCUCGGGUGUUCGAGGCCUGGUCGCAGACACUCCUCGUCUUCAGACGCUCCGAUGCGUUCCGAUCGAUCUCGUGGCUCAAUUCGCUUGCCCCACCGUGCGCGACAUGUGCAUCACUCCCGCAGUAUUCAACCCGGAUCAUUUGAAGGGCUUCGUUCAAGCGCUGAAGAACACCCCGAACCUCAUGCGCCUCGAUCUGUGCAUGGUAAACAUGGGCUUCAUGCUCAGGCCGGACGAUGACGCUCCCGGAUGGGCGGCGAGGCCCGUCGACCUUCCGGCGCUGCGGACGUUGGUAGUCAACCUCGACAGCAACAUCAAGACGGCAAAGUACCUGGACCUUAUCUCGCUUUCGUCUUCCGUCGGCAUCAACCUUAUACGAUGCGACCUGGGCAUUUCGCACAAGCUCUACGAAGACCUCCCCUCUCGCCACACCCCGCUCCUCCGAGAUCGAGUGCAGUCUGCAAGCGCAGUUCACGUGUGCGACUCGUACGACAAGUGGAACAUCCCCAACACCGCCGUUUCGACAUCGCGGGACGACAAGGAGCUCAUCCGCGUCACCCUUUCCGCCCAUUCGCACGGCACGCCCUACCUCGGCUCGUUCCACCUCAUCGAGACCUUCCGCGACACCGGCGCCACCGUGACCCACCUCGUCCUCCACCAGACCUGGACGAUACAGAGCACGAGCGGCCCGCCGGACUACUUCCGCGCGUUCCCCCACCUCACCUCGCUCGACCUCGCCGGCCCCCGCGCGCACCGUGUCAUCAAGGCGCUCCAGCACCCGGACGUCGACGGGGCCCCCGACGCGCUCGUGUGCCCGCGGCUGAAGACGCUCAAGGUCGCGUUCGGGCUGAACCGCGGGGACGACAAGUCGGCGUCGCGCAAGGCGUGGGCGGCGCUGAGGGUGCGGCCGGCGGGGUGGGAGGAGACGGUGCUGCGCACGAUCCCGGCGCGGGUCGCGGCGGUGGUGAAGCCGCUGGAGCACCGCGCGAAGCGAGGGCUCCGGUUGGAGCGGCUGGAGUGGGAGGACCGGGAGUGGGACCCGACGUUGAGGCUGGAUUUCCCGCCGUCGGCGGUGGUGGGGACGUACGUUCCGGGCCCUGGGUCGUUUGAUCAGGAGGAGCUCGAGAAGCUGGUGGACGGGCCAGUCGUCUUUGGGGGGUUCACGUACCAGGAGAUGGCUGAGUAG